CCGACGUUUAACCUAUGCCGGGCAUACUGUAUUCGUGAUCGCGCAACCGAAUCAGUAAUCAGUGAGCGAACGAGUGAGCAAACGAACGAACGAACGAACGAUCGAACGAACGAUCGAACGAACGAACGAACGAACGAACGAACGAACGAACGAACGAACGAACGAACGAACGUUCCACCUGAGUAAACGCACUCAUUUUUCUCACUCGGGGAUACUCAACAACUGUCCGGCUUCCGUGGAGCUUGUGUUAGAUUCGUUCGAAUUAGUGGCCGUUUCAGACACCCGAGAACAGUUUGCUCUGUUGCUUGAACCCUAACUUGACUCACCAGGAAGAGAAGAAACGCACCGAGAGCAGAGCGAGCGUUCACGUAGAAUGAGCUGUGCGGAUACUCGAAGCAGUGCGAACAAACAGCAACGAUCGAGUAUUGUCUAUUGAUUUACUUUCUUUUGUUCUCUACGUCGGGUUGAUAUUUGGCUCAGCAUGGUUCAUCUGCGGUGCAAGAUUUUAUCCUUUGGAAAUCUGAUUAAUCAGCUGCAGCAGAACGUUAGGUGGAGUUCUUCUUUGAAAACCAAAGACAAGAAUUCUGUACAACCGCAACGUUUCUUUAAGUAUGCAGAUUUGUCUGUUCGCCUCGCUGGUCCAGAUCAGUUAAAUCCUAAGCCUGACGUUAAUAAGCUUGCAUUUGGGAAGUAUUUUACUGAUCACAUGCUCAAAAUACAUUAUUACGAAGGCAUGAAUGGUUGGCAGGCACCAGAAAUUAUGCCCUUCGAAAACAUAGUUCUUCAUCCAGCUGCAAAAGUACUCCAUUACGCUGUAGAGUUGUUUGAAGGUAUGAAAGCUUAUAGAGGUGUUGAUGGCAAAAUAAGGUUGUUUAGGCCAGAGCUAAAUAUGGAGAGAAUGAAUAAUUCAGCAGUAAGAGCUGGUCUACCUCCUUUUAGAGGGGAAGAAUUAAUUAAGUGCCUUUGCAGAUUGAUUAGUAUAGAUCAAGAAUGGGUUCCACAUUCUACCGCCUCUAGUCUUUAUAUUCGUCCCACGCUUAUAGGCAUCGAUCCUACGCUUGGAGUUGCAGCAUCGGAUUCAGCUUUAUUGUAUAUAAUUCUAUCUCCUGUCGGAUCUUACUUUAAAUCUGCAGACAAGCAAGUCGGGGUUUCCCUGCUUGCAGAUCCUAAGUAUACGAGAGCAUGGCCUGGCGGUUGUGGUGAUUCUAAAGUAGGCAGUAAUUACGGACCCACAAUUCAAGUUCAACAGGAGGCGAUCGAAAAAGGUUUACAGCAAGUACUAUGGUUAUACGGCGAAAACAAUGAACUCACAGAAAUUGGUACUAUGAACGUCUUCGUUGUUUACAUAAAUGAUAAUGGAGAAAGAGAAUUACUUACACCACCUCUAAAUGGCUUAAUCUUACCUGGAAUUGUAAGAAACUCACUUCUAUCUAUAUCUAGACAAUGGAAUCAAUUUAAAGUGACGGAGAGAUCUAUUACGAUGAAAGAAAUUAUACAAUUACUUUCAGAAAACAGACUGUUGGAAAUAUUCGGAGCAGGAACAGCUUGUGUUGUUAGUCCCGUAUCUUAUAUUGAUUUCCAAGGUCAAGGAUUACAUAUACCAACAGCAGAACAGCCUGAAGCCGUUUAUCAAAUGCUCAAGAAACAUUUAUUGGACAUUCAGUACGGUAUUAUACCUGAACAUCCAUGGAGUUUAGUUAUCGAGUGAAAUACAAACAACAGAAGAUUAUAUUUCUGAUUACUUAAUCC